UGCUGCGAAAGAAAUAUUUUAAUGUUUUUUAUAUUUUAUUAGAAAAUUUUUAAAUAAUUUAUAAUAAUGACCGAACCAUCAUUUAGUAAACCAACAAAUGAUUCACCAUUUUUUCGAAACGAACCUGUAAAUUAUACGACCGAAAUUCGUCAAAUGAUGCAUGGAUUUGGAGAUAGUAGUGAACCACUAAUUGAAUCUGCGAAAAUUGUAGAAGAAGUUGUUUUGCAACAAAUGAGAACAAUAAUAAAGAAAGCUUGCGAAGUUUCUGAAAGACGAGGAAAUUCGAAAAAAAAUAUCUGUGUUUCCGCAGAAGAUCUAAUUUUUUUAUUACGUAAAAACAAAGUAAAAUUGCAGCGACUUAUAAAAUAUUUAGACUUAAAACAAUUUAAAGCUUCUAUACACAAAACUAUAGAUAGUGAUUUACCUGAAGAUAUUCUGGAAAAUGAAAAUUUAAAUGGAUCCAAAAAUAAAGGACCACUUUAUAGUUUUCUUAAUGAAAUUAACAACACUGGUGAACUUCUUGAAGAUGCAUCUACUAUAGAUGAAGUCAAACAACAAAGAUGUGUUCGUGCUGAAAUUAUGACAAGAUCUAUGGAUGAAGCUAGAUAUUUAAAAUUUAGUAAAGCACGUAAUGCAUCAUUUGCAAAUAAAAAUCGACACAAAUUUAGUGAUUGGAUAGCAUCAGAAAGUGAUGUAACAAUAUCAAAACAAGCAUAUACAAUUUUGGGUUAUUUAGCAUAUGAAACAGUAGCACAAAUUGUAGAUUUUGCGUUAUUAGUAAGACAAGAUCAAAAUAAAAUAUUUGGAGAUGCAAUAGAUCGACUAAGACUUAGUUAUGUUAAUCCUUAUACUUACAAACCAUAUUAUCAUGGGAAGCAGGUAGCUGUAACAAAACCAAUAACACCUGCUGAAAUAAUUGAAGCUCUCAGACGAUAUUGGUCUCCUCAGUUAGAUAUGACUGGUCCAUUUAAUCGUUGGUCUAUGAAAAAAUCACAUUUGAAACUUCUAUCAUGUUAAGAUAAAUAAAUAAGGGUAAGAAUUAAUUUAAUUAUAAAAGUAAAAUAUAUGCCUUGUAUAAAGAAAUUAUCAGUAUUUUAUAUUAAGUUAAAUUAGAAUAUAGAGAUAUUUUAAAAUUGA